AUGACCAAAGUUAUACACAGAAAACCUGGUCCCAAAUCAGCGAAACAAAGUAAAAUUUUAGCAAAACGUGGCACUUUGGGCGAAACUAGUGCCGAAUCCGAUUCUGAUGAUAGUAGCCCAGAACAAACUAUAGAUAAUAAUAGCAACCAAGCAUCAGGAACGCCAGAAACUGAAAACACAUUAAGAUCACAACGAGGAGCGAAUAAUGUUUCGGAAUUUCGUACACCCGAUGCGGAAAAUGAUGUCACCGAUUAUGGUUUGGAGUUCACCACCAGCAAUAUACAAAAUCCAUCACCACGCAGAUGUUCAACAUUAAGAACAGCCGCUAGUUCUCAAGAGGAAAGUGGCGGGGGUGUUGAAAAAGCAAACAAAACAAAUAAAGAAAACAGCACACCUCUCUCUACUCUUACUAAAUCGCCACAAAAAUCCACCAUGCCUCCCAAAAAACUCACCAAGCAACGAAAAACCAAAACGAAAAGCACUGAAACUCCAUUAACUAAAGAAAUUCCAAUACCUAAAGAAACAACUUUAAGUGCCAACGAAACUCCUGCAGCUGAAGAUAAAAAACAAGUCGUUAGGAAACCACGAAAACACCGCAAUCCUUUACAACUUGAAAAACGUUUUUGGAAAGACGUUCAAGUUCUUCAAAAUCGCACCGAUAAUCUUAUACCCAUGUUACCGUUUUCACGUUUGGUGCGUGAACUCAUGCAUGAUGCUUCCAGCGAAGUAACUAAGAUAACACCCACAGCCAUGGAGGCUUUACAGACAUCGUCGGAAUUGUAUUUAACGCAAAGGCUGCAGGAUGCCUACAUGUUGACACUGCACCGGGGGCGGGUGACAUUAGAUGUUAAGGAUAUGGAAUUGAUAAAUUAUUUGAAAAUAAAUUUGUAA